CAUAUAUUUAACAAAUUUUUAGAUCAUCAUUCAUCAACUUCAACUCUCUUAUGCAUAUCUAGUUUGCUGUUGAUAAGAAAGCAAAAGCUUCAGUUGGGACCCACGACCUCAUUGAAAAGCCACUCACUUUAACCCCAGAAAUCGUACGAGUCAGUUAAGUCGCGAUCCACAAACUUAAAACGGUUCUGUGUUCCCACUCAGUGACCCUCUUCAUCUCUCCUAUAUAAACCUUAGUUUCAAUUGCUAAUUUACGUCCUCAUAGAUAUAUAGGGAAGAUAAGUGAGGCAAAUUAUGGCUCAUCUCCGUGGCCUGUUGAGCUUCUGUAUUCUAGUUCUUUUGGUGGUUCAGCCCCAUCAAGCAUAUGGUUCCGGCCGUGGCUCAUUUCGCAGGACCAGAACUGAUCCUAUGAUGUCGCAAGCGAAUGGUAUAUGCGCUUCUUCGGUGAUUGUACAUGGUUACAAAUGCCAGGAGAUUUAUGUGACAACCAAAGAUGGAUACAUACUUAAUAUGCAGAGAAUUCCAGAAGGGCGUAUUGCCAGUGGCAACAUGACUAAGAAGCAGCCAGUCUUAAUACAACAUGGAGUUCUAGUGGAUGGAAUGACAUGGCUUCUAAAUCCACCUGAACAAAAUCUACCAUUGAUUUUAGCUGAUAAUGGGUUCGAUGUGUGGAUUGCUAACAGUAGAGGAACCAGAUUUAGCCGACGACAUACCUCUCUCGAUGCCGCUCAAUCGGAGUACUGGAAUUGGUCAUGGGAUGAAUUGGUGGCCUAUGAUAUGCCAACCUUUUUCGACUAUGUACACAGCCAAACAGGGCAAAAAGUAAAUUACGUGGGGCAUUCACUGGGAACUCUUAUAGCUUUGGCAUCCUUCUCCGAAGGUUUACAGGUGGAUAAGCUGAAAUCAGCAGCGUUGUUAAGUCCCAUUGCUUAUUUGAGCCACAUGAGCACUGUUCUUGGGGUUCUGGCUGCCAAAACCUUCGUUGGAGAGAUCUCAACGAUAGUAUUAGGCCUGGCAGAAUUCAAUCCGAAAGACCCACAUGUAGAAAACUUUCUCAAGUCAGUUUGUGCUAAUCCUGGAGUUGACUGCUAUGACUUAUUAUCCUCCCUCACUGGGAAAAAUUGCUGUCUCAAUGCUUCAACGGUCGAUCUCUUCCUAAAAAAUGGGCCUCAAUCAACAUCAACCAGAAACAUGAUUCACUUGUCUCAGACUGUUCGAGAUAAAGUGAUUGCAAAGUUCAACUAUGGGAGACCUGACUACAAUCUGAUGCAUUAUGGGGCAAUCAUACCUCCAGUUUAUAACAUCUCCAACAUUCCUCAUGACCUUCCAAUCUUUGUCAGCUAUGGAGGCAAUGAUGCACUUUCUGAUGUUAAAGAUGUUCAGGAUUUACUCGAUAGUUUCAAGUUCCAUGAUGUCGACAAGCUCGGCGUUCAGUUCAUCAAAAAUUAUGCUCAUGCAGAUUUUAUCAUGGGCAUAAAUGCUAAAGAUAUUGUGUAUAAUCAAGUUUUAUCUUUCUUUAAACGUCAACAGUAGUCGGUCCUCAAGAGGGCCCGAGUUUAAUGCAUUAGCGGCCUAUAACUGUAAAUUUACUGUUCUUCCAGUUCUAAUUAUCACUAUCCUGUGGAUUUAGAUCAUUGGUCAAUUCAAUAUUUUGUUUAACAAGUUAGACGCAAUUUCAACAGUUUUCUAAUUGCAUGUAAUUAGACAAGAGAUUUACCUCACUGCUCCA